AUGUGAUGAAUUAGUUCAAUCUAAAUAUAACCAUUGUAUCAUCUUUGAAGUAUUGCCAUUUUCGACUGCUUUAAAGUUACGUGAAUCUAGGUACUAUUUCAUUGAUCAAAUUACCUUAUUGGAAAAGGAACUCGCCACUAAAAUAGAUGAUGAAAAAGCAACCGAGGCUUGGCUUGAAGAAAGAUCCAUUAAAGUAAAUGCUAUUAUGAGAGAAAGAAAUUUUCGUAUUCAAGAAGAUUAUUAUGCUACUUUAAGAAUAAAGACUGAUAGACGCAGCGCGAUUAAUGCUAAAUUAGAUCAAAUGUGUAAAGAAAAGAAUGAAGACGGAAGUUUCAGAUUUCAUCGUAUGAUCCUUAAUCGGUGUAGUAGUUUAGAUAAUUAUUUUAACUUACCUAGGCCGUUUAAUGAAAUGGGUUGGAAAAGGUUAAGACGUAAUCUAGAAUUGGAAUAUGAUCAUGAUAUGCACGCUGAAUGGAAAUCAAAGG